GAUGUCAUGAAACUCCCAGCCAGAAAUUUGAUAUUAAAAAAGAAGAUUGCAAAUCAUUGAAAUAAUAAGUGUGCUGGUGUCGAAACGUGUUUUUGUUCAAUUUUUCGAUACAUGUGACGUGUUGUACUCUUAAAGAUAUUUUGUUUUUGUUCGUGAACAAUUUUUUAUAAAAGCUGAAGAUGAGCGAAACUAUUGAAGUGAGCAGUAGCGAAUCUACUGAAGUGAGUAGUAGCGAUACUGAAUAUGAGUCCGACGAAGAAGGGGCAACGCCAGCAAAAAGGCGUAGAGUAGAUAAAGUCGAUGCAGAACUUUCUUUCAAAGAGAAAGUGCAAAACAUUCUCGAAAAGCUGUCAGAUGAUGCCCCCGGUCCAUUCGCUGUUUCCGGAAGACUAAAUGCCCCAAUAACCACCAUUGCUCUGAAGAACUCGAAGAAUGUGGUUCACUUUCCGCUGUAUGAGGGCGAGGCUUCCAGUGUUAUUAAAUUGAUGGAGCAAUCACCUUAUGGCAAAGGUCGAAAAACUGUUGUAGACACGGCAGUAAGAAAUUCUUGGGAGUUAAAUUCCGAUGGAUUUGAGAUUUUAAAUCCAGCCUGGAAUGAUUUCAUUAACAACGAACUCGUAGCUAAAAUCAAAGAAGAAAUGUUCAUCGACUUCUCAUUCACGCCAUCGCUGUACAAGCUGUUGCUCUACAAAACUGGAUCGUUUUUCCAGCCUCACCGUGAUUCCGAAAAAGUCGAUGGAAUGUUUGCCACACUAGUGGUUCAAUUACCAUCAAUCUACAAGGGAGGACAGUUAAUCGUUCGUCAUGAUGGCAAAACCGUAACGUCAGAUUUCAGCUCUACCGACAUGAGCAACACAUUCAGCACGUUCUUUACGGCGUUUUACUGUGACUGCGAACACGAAGUCUUGAAAGUGACCGAAGGAUAUCGAGUUUGUCUUGUGUAUAAUUUGAUAAGUACCAGAUCGAUAAUCGCUACAGCCCCACGUCGACAUGCAUUUGAGCUGGAACUGGUGAAUCUGAUUAAGAAUUGGGAAUAUCGCGGAAAAUUGGUGUACGCCCUGAAGCAUAAGUAUUCGGAGUCGAAUCUUUCCUUUGAUAACCUGAAGACAACGGACAGAUCGGUCGCUAAUUUUUUGGUCUACAUCGCAAAAGAAAACGAUUUGAACGUCUAUUUGGCCAUCUUCAAUAAAGAAAGUUCCGGACAAAGUACCGACCACAUUGACUUUGGUCGACGCAAUAAUCGUUAUGGUGGUAAAUAUAGCGACGUGGAUGCCGAUUUUGAUUCGGAUGAUCAGGAUUUUUCUUACGGGAAAACUUACAGUUUAAGUAAAUUGAUAGCCAUUGACGGUGCAAAUAUUUUAUCUAAAUCGCUGACUGUAAAAUUCGAUGCCGAAGUGAUUCCUGAAGAUUGUUUCGAGAACAUUGAUCCAUACCGCAAAACGGCUGAACCGACUGGAAAUGCUGGAGUAGAUGUUACUCGUUUUUAUCGUAGCGCAGCGAUUGUAUUCUGGCCGAAACGCUUCCUUCUCGAAGUUCUAAAGAAAGGCGGUGCCAGUUCAGCCGAUUUAGAUAAGAUCUUCUUGAAGGAGAUCGACACAUAUCGUGGUAAAGUCACAGACAACACCGUUGAAAAGAAGUUGAAGAAUUGGGCGGAAGAAAUCAUAUCGCUCCGAGGCAAUAAGUCGAUCGAUGUUAUCAAGGCUAUAGUGGAUAUGAAGGACAUUCCGUUGAUUCAGUCGUUGUUCUCCAAUUGCGUAAUGUUGAAUGAAGUAUCAAUGUCGUUAGUGGUCGACGUCUGUGAAAAGUACGGUUGGAAAACUUUCGCUGGCCAAGUACCUGAAAUGUUUAAAAAGCUGACAAAGGAAGAUGGAAUUGAACUGAUCGGCCGGAUCGGUACUGCGGACAUGGACGAAGACAAGAAAAUUAUCGUUCACAAUUCGAUGCAAGUAAUUUUGGAUAAGACAGAAAAUGGUAGUUCAUCCACAAGACCAUCAUAUUUCUCGUGGUAUGCGAGUCCACCAACGAUGGAAGAAAAUAUGAAAAAACGUCUGGACAAACAAGAUUUUUUAUUAUCUGCCUGUCGUUUAGCUGAAAAAAUGGAUUUCAAAAUGUUCGAUUUUUCAACGGCCAAGCCAAUGCUUUUGAUUGUUCCAGUUUUAUUACGACUGGUUUCUAAAGAAUCGAAAAAACUAACGCCAUUUUGGAAGGACGUUGCAUUGCAUUUCGUUCGCGAAAUGGAAAAGGAAGCUUCCAAGCCCACUGUGGUUCUUAAUUGGCGUCGAAAAGACAAAACGAAUUGUUCAUGUAGCGAUUGCUCCCCUCUAAAUGCGUUCUUGGCGAGCGACCAAGUGACGAUCAGUUUCAAAAUGGGCAAAGAUCGACGAAAGCAUCUCCAUCAACAUCUAAAUGGAAUCAAAAAUAUUUCGCACGAAACGGAUCGUGGUGGACACAUUGGUGUUCUUGUCAUCCGAAAGACCUCUCAAAGUGGUUCAGAUGAAGCAGAGAAGCGAUCCUUUUCCAUCGCACAUUUACAAAAACUACAGUCAAUCGUGCCGAAAUAAUCUUAUUCUUUGUUGAUUGGUGAACAUUAGAAAUGUUCGCGUUCUGAACUGUAUAACACUCCAUUCGUAUGAGUGAUUCAAAUUUUUGUUUAAUUAAAAAUAUUUAA